AUUUGAUAUUUAUUUAUUUAUUUUUAAAGUAGGCACAUGACAAAAAAAUGAUUGUUCUAUAAUAAAAAUAAACUCAACAUUAUGUGCACCAUCAAACGUUUAUUAGAAAUAGUUAAAAAGGUUCAAUGCAAACGUAGUUUGAGUUCUAUAGCAGCAAAACCUGCAAAAGAUGUUUCCUUCCAAGUUCCUGCCUAUUUUUCCCUCUGUGAUCAAUUUUCCAAUGAACCCAAGCUAGCUGAGAAUCUAGUCAAUUCUAUGACGGUUCACACAGACUUCUUAACUGAAGAAGAAGAAAACAGUCUUAUGAAUGAACUGGACCCCUAUAUGACAAAGCUAAAAUACGAAUAUGACCAUUGGGAUAAUGCUAUUCAUGGAUAUAGAGAAACAGAAAGACUAAAAUGGAAUGAGGCAAACACAAAAAUCUUGAAUAGAGUUCGAGAUUUAGCUUUUCCACCUGGGGUAUCGCAAAUUAAGUUUGUCCACAUACUUGAUUUGAACCAAAAAGGUUGGAUAAAGCCUCACAUUGAUGCAGUAAGAUUUUGUGGAGAUACCAUAACUGGUCUGAGCUUGCUAACCGAUAGUAUAAUGCGGCUGGUGCACGACAAAGACAAACACCUCCAAGCGGAUAUUUUACUGAAAAAGAGGUCCCUGUACGUUAUGAAAGGUUGCGCCAGAUACGACUACACGCACGAAAUAUUGAGUAACGAGCACAGCGUUUUCAAAGGAGAAAAAGUAUUUAAAGAUAGACGAAUUAGUGUAAUUUGUAGAAAUGAGCCUGAUCCUAGGAAUAAAAAUUAGUUUUUUAUGUUAAAUC